AUAAAAUGGAACAAGGGCUUGCUUUCUUUUCCACUCUUCGGAAAAAAAACUGGAACUUUCAAUCAGAGAACAGGAAACGAAAAUGUCCCAUCACGGUGGAUAUGGCGAUAAGGGACGCCCGCCGAAGAAGUACAAGGCUGCCGCCGCCAAGGAUGACGACGACGAUGGUUAUUACGGCAAUGAAGCUGGUGGGCGAGGGGAUGAUGAUUAUGGAGACGGUGAGAAAGAGGUGAAAAAGAGGGAUUUCACCAAAUUAGAGCUGAAGCCUGACCAUAUCAAUCGCCCACUUUGGGCUUGUGCGGAUGGUCGGAUAUUUCUCGAGACUUUCUCUCCAUUGUACAAACAAGCAUAUGAUUUCCUCAUUGCCAUUGCAGAGCCUGUUUGCAGGCCAGAGUCAAUGCACGAGUACAAUUUGACUCCACAUUCAUUGUAUGCCGCGGUUUCUGUGGGCCUGGAGACUGAAACUAUAAUAGCCGUCCUAAAGAAGUUGCUCAAAGAUGAAGUCAUAGGUCGAGCCAGGAUUCAGUCUGAGAAUGAGCAUGGACAUGAUGGAUUCACAAAAAGCAAGACUGCAGGAGAAAUUGGCGGCAGUCAUGAUGGGUUGUUGAAUGAAGCAGAAUUGGCUGCUGCUGCUGAAGAUAAAGAAACUCACUCUUUCCAGAUUGACCCCUCUCAGGUAGAAAAUGUAAAGCAACGGUGCUUGCCUAAUGCUCUGAAUUAUCCGAUGUUGGAGGAAUAUGAUUUCAGAAAUGAUCCUGUAAAUCCAGACAUCAACAUGGAAUUGAAGCCCCAUGCACAACCACGUCCAUACCAGGAGAAGAGCUUGAGUAAAAUGUUUGGAAAUGGUAGAGCAAGAUCAGGCAUCAUUGUGUUACCUUGUGGUGCUGGAAAGUCUCUAGUUGGUGUAUCGGCUGCAUCCCGGAUUAGAAAAAGUUGCCUUUGUUUAGCAACAAAUGCUGUCUCAGUUGAUCAGUGGCACUUCCAGUUUAGGCUAUGGUCAACAAUCCCGGAUGAGCAAAUUUGUCGUUUCACUUCUGACAGUAAGGAGAGGCUCCAGGGUAAUGCUGGAGUUGUUGUGACAACCUAUAACAUGGUUGCGUUUGGGGGUAAAAGAUCAGAAGAAUCUGAAAAGAUUAUUGAAGAAAUAAGGAAUAGGGAAUGGGGGCUUCUUUUGAUGGACGAGGUCCAUGUGGUUCCUGCACACAUGUUCCGUAAAGUUAUCAGUUUGACUAAAUCUCACUGCAAACUUGGGCUUACUGCAACACUUGUCAGAGAGGAUGAAAGGAUCACAGAUCUGAACUUCCUCAUUGGUCCUAAACUGUAUGAAGCCAACUGGUUGGAUCUUGUGAAAGGUGGAUUUAUUGCAAAUGUCCAGUGUGCUGAAGUAUGGUGCCCGAUGACAAAGGAAUUCUUUGCAGAAUAUCUGAGGAGGGAAAACUCAAAGAGGAAGCAGGCGCUGUAUGUGAUGAACCCUAACAAGUUCAGAGCAUGUGAAUUUCUGAUACGGUUCCAUGAACAACAGCGUGGCGAUAAGAUAAUUGUGUUUGCUGAUAACCUUUUUGCUCUUGUUGAGUAUGCAAUGAAGCUACGUAAACCUAUGAUCUAUGGUGCUACCAGCCAUGCUGAGAGAACAAAGAUUCUCCAGGCCUUCAAGACUAGCAAAGAUGUGAAUACGAUAUUUUUGUCGAAGGUUGGUGAUAAUUCUAUAGAUAUUCCUGAGGCCAAUGUGAUUAUUCAGAUCUCAUCACACGCUGGUUCUAGACGGCAGGAAGCUCAACGGCUGGGUCGUAUUCUUAGGGCAAAAGGAAAACUUGAAGAUAGGAUGGCAGGAGGGAAAGAAGAGUACAAUGCAUUCUUUUACUCUCUUGUAUCUACGGAUACACAGGAGAUGUAUUACUCAACCAAACGGCAACAGUUCCUAAUCGAUCAGGGUUACAGUUUCAAGUGUGAAGGUUUUGAUGAACUGGCAAUUGAACAGGUUAUAACAAGCUUGCCUCCACCGGAUUCAGGAGCUGAGUUGAGCUACCACAGCCAGGAUGAGCAAUUGGCUCUUCUGAGAAAGGUUUUGACUGCUAAAGAUGACAUGGUGGGUUUAGAGCAGCUGGAAGAAGAUGCUGAUGAUAUUGCUCUUCAUAAGGCACGCAGGUUUGCAGGAUCAAUGAGUCACAUGUCUGGUGCUAAUGGAAUGGUUUACAUGGAGUAUAGUACUGGACGAAAACUUCCACCAGGUUCGAAGUCCAAGCCAAAAGAUCCAAACAAGCGCCAUAACCUGUUCAGAAAGCGUUAUGGCUGAGAUGAGAAAUCGAAACUUUCACUUUCAGCUCAGUUCAUUUUGACAACCCAGAUGAGUGAAAGUACACACCACCCUCAUAUUCUAGUUGUUAUCUGCACUACCGCUCUCGCUGAAUGUUCUUUCACAGAGUUGUAAAAGUCGAGUGAUAUUGAGAAAGCCUUAUGAAGUGGUGUGAUGAAAGAAAGUUUCUUGUCUCAUUGCAGUGGGCCGAACGUCGAGAAACAAUUCAUAUGCUGCGUCUCUGGCUGCGAGGAAAUGAUGUUAGAAUAGCGCCCCCCACUUAAGUUGAGAUACAUGUAUCUUUAGUAGCCAGAAUAAACUGGGAAUGUUGUUAAUAUAUGUGGUUGUAAAACUGAUUUCUUUCGGGUUUCUAUCUUUAUUAAUAUAAUUAUUAUUAAGGAA